CAAGAUUCAUCCCAAGUUUAGUUCUGCAGCUUCUACUACGACAGCCCAGCAAAGUUUCCCCCUUAUUUAUCGCCACCGAUGGAUGUGUGGAAUCCGCUGCUCGACAUGUGGAGAUACAUGCUGCCAUGUCAGACUGAAUCCCUCCGUCCAUAUUUCUACAUAUUGCGGCCGGGGGGGCAACCUGUGCCUUUGGUCCCGAUGGACGAACUACCACAUUGGCUCCAAUUCGUUCAGGGCCAACCACCCGACCGCCGAAGGAUGCACCUGGCAGGCGUGGGCUACUAUCCCCGUACCGGGGAGUACGACAUCAUUUGCCUGUAUUGUGCCUCGGCUGUCGAGACCCUAUACGACAUGUCCGCCGAACCCAGCGAAUCCUCGCAAUGUGGUUACUCUCAGGAGGCCCUCCUCCAACGAUCCUAUCCCGGAUCCGCUCUUUUCUUUGUUCAUAGCCAGGGAACACCACCGCAGAAUAUCAGCUGGAAACCGUCGUCGUCGUCCUCCAUGUCAUCGUCACCAGCGCGAGACUCUACACAACCCCAUUCUCAACUUAUAAACCCCAAGUUGCCCUUAUUCAGCCCAGAUUUAGGGCCUGCGAGCUCUCUCCUUGCUCCACCAAAGUCAACCGAACCGACGAGUUCACACUCUGCAAAUACCUGGUUUGCUUUUUCACCUAAUCUUCAAGCCGCUCCGUGCUCUGAUGGGACUCCGCGGACGGAAAUUGACUCCACAUCCUCUAAGAACGACCGGGCACCAAAGCCCCGUAUUUCUGUUCAUGGUCAUCCUGAGUUCAAGAUCGAGGGUUGCGAAGGACCAUUCAAACGCAGAUCGAAAUCAUAACUGUGCCGUCGACGUUGUGGGUUAAUUUACCCUGAAAAACUCAACCAAGCAAGCUUUCACGAACUUGUUGGAAACAUUGUUAUCACUGCACCAAUUACCAUUCGUUCAUUCACUUUCAGAUGGUCAUAACACAGGCUAGGA